CACAAACAUUGAGUACCAGAAGUUUGGAGCUGCACCCUAUUUUCAGAGACAAAACUACCAUUCAUCACUCAGAUACGUUUACAGCACCAGACUCCCAGGGAACGACAGGAGAAAGGAGCCACAAUCAAAUAAAUCAAGACCCAUUCAACACUGAAUUUACCAAGACACUGACAAAAAGCAGCCCACGCUUUGGGGCCUUGAGUCACCACUCAUUCUUCUCCCGGCACAACCCUCAUCCACACCAGGUGACACAUAUUCAAGGACUCAAUGGCAGGCCAAUUUGCAUGGUACGAGAUGACUGGUGUGUCACCUCAUCAUUAUUUCCUCAUCCACUUCUCAAGAGCCACGUCCUCAGGAAAUCACCCGGGCCCGCUUUUACCUUCCCACUCACUCAAAACCUCCAUGCAGUCAGCGGAAACAAUAACAAAUCAGCACUGUUUUCAGAAGCCUGGAGGGAUGAACUUAAAGAACUUGUUGCAAAAGUCAAUCUGUCUUUUCGAGCACAAUUGGGAAAAAAUGAGGACCAACCUGAGGAUGAAUUUGUGCACCAAAAGACUCAGUAUUCAGCUGAUACUGGGAGAAUCAUCCCUCCAUCCAGCAAGUCUUACCUGCACAGAUUUCAUUCCCAGCACCUAAAGUAUCCUCAACCCUUCCAGGAUCAAGAACUCACGGUUUUGGAGCUGCUCUGUCAGAUCCUGCAGACAGACUCGCUGUCCACAGUGCAGCAGUGGCUUCUGCUUGCAGGCCAAAGAGAGAAGGACCUUGUGAUGGGGAUGCUCAGACGAGCUCUGGACGCCGUCGACCUCUCAGGCCGUCGUAACCAGCGAACCUUCCAGCAGCUCCAGGCUUUUCAUCCAGGUGCAUCUCCACCAGCGUACAGUCCAUCAUUUGACCAGCCGUGGAGAAAACCCUGGAGAACGAGCUCAUACAAAGCGAAUCCGAAUUCCGGCGAUGACAAACCAGGUAACUCAACACUUCCUCUGUUCCUUGUGUGCCUCAGUUUGCUGUUUAUUAUGAACACAACAUUUUUUGCUCCUUCUUUUAUUGCCAUGAUUGAGUAUUUUUUUAUGCAGUUGCCUCUUAUGUGCAUCCUUGGAUUAAGUAACAUCGCUCUGUCUUAUACGAUACAAUCAAUUUUAAGUUUGACGUUUUUUAGCAUCAAUCUUUUUGAUGAAACCAGAGGAAACCCUGAGAAUCAAUAAAAUCCUUCAGCCAGCUCCUCUUUUGAAAUGUUCAUUGUCUUCCUGUCAAAUUUUCUUGAUUGAUUUGUCCAUUGUAUUUUUUUUCUUAAAGGGUGUAGACUAUGCAGUUUCACAAUAAUCACAAAACAGUCAGAGCAGUGGUCCUGCAGUCUUUCUCACUGCGCAAUAUCUGUCUGUAUCGUAUCUGCAUGGAUAAUAAUGUACAAUGUAGACAAAAUGCUGCCUCUUUUGCAUUAUACAGUAUGUCAUUGAUUCAAUGAUCUGUAUCUAUGAUAAUAUGUAGCUGCAGAAAAAGAGCACUUUUCUGAUCUAGUGCAAGUAAGAACUAAACAUUCACAAAACAACUGCUGAUUGCAUAAUGAGUUUCCAUUCUUUUCAGAGUAGAGCAGGUGGCAAAUGUAAAAGUGCUGUCCCUAUAGGAAUCUGACUGGAGUGUCUCUUUGCAGAGAGGAUUGGAGAUGCAGAGGUCCUUGAAAUCCAUGCAGGACCUCAGGAUCAUCCUCAGAAUCCUGCACUUCAGAGUGCAUAAAGUCGUUUUGACUGUGCUGAUAACUGCAGUAUGAUAAUUUUGUUUAUUGCUCCCAUGAUCACAGGUUAUUCUUAGCAUGUUUGCUUUAUACCUCGAUAUUUCUGUGUGCACAUGCUGCUUUCAUCAGAGGACUUCACCAGAUUGCUUUUCAUUUGCACUUCAUUAACACCAUAUAUUGUAGCUGUAAUAGUGUUGCCCCAUGCUGCGGAUGAUGUCAUAUUAUCUAUCAGCUGUCUGACGUAGUCUGGCACCAUAUUAGGCAACGUUGUAUGAACUGUUGCUUGAUGUGAAUUAAAAUUUCAAAUUGGAUUUUUAAAAAUGAUUUUGUGCACCUAAACAUGAUCUAAUCGAACUAAAAAUGCCAAAAUCAAAGUAGAAAUGCAUAUUGCAUUAUAACAUUGUUGACUUUGUUUCCAGACAGAAAGUUAUAAGUUGCAAUGCAUUUAGCAACACAGUGUCACUUAGGAUGCUAAAUGGUGCACCUGGAAUAGCAAACCUACCUUGCUAAAUGCACAUAGAUCUGCAGCAGGACAGAUGAUCUUAUUUCCUUUGAAAAAUAUGAAGUCCAAAAGUAUAAUUAACAUGAUUUUAAGUAGAGACUUCUCUUGAGAAAUGUGAACUUGAAUUCAUGCAUAAAGCAUGGCACACAUUAGCAUAAUUCUGUAUGAUGGAGGAACCUUUUUCCCUUCCUUACUCUGUGUCCCUUCUGUUGUGGAUAAAAUGCUGAAUGUCUUCAGUAAUGCCUGUACAGUACAGGAGCACAGCUGUGAACAGAAGUUUACAUACACUCUGAAAGACAAUGUAGAUCAUGACAGCCUUGAGUUUCCCAUGACUCCUACAACUCUUAAUUUUCUAGAAUGGAAUGACUGAAACACACGCAUCACAAAAAGCAAUCGGGCAUUUUGGGGUUUUCACUGAUAUGGCUAAGUCUGCUGAGUCAAAAAUAUACAUACAGCAAUUCUAAUUUUGGAUUCAGUGUUCCUUUGCCCAUUUUGUUUUUACCUCAGUUUGUUAUACUUGCAAACAACUGAUUGCACAGUUGAUUUUGUAAUCUGAAACAUCUUUGAAAUGGCUCCAAGUGACUUUCCUCACUUGUUGAAGUCGAGAUUUGUUGUUUCAUAUCUGUACUCUGCUCCUUCGACUUUGAGUCUAUCAAAUGGGUUGUAAUUAAGUUGACUCGGGGAAGCAGCUGUAGUCAGUCAUAAUCACUCAUGAAAAUUUAAGAGGCCAUGGCACUUUCAAUUGAUUCCCACAGCUUUCUACAUCACUAGAACUGAUAAUUCAAGUAGCUGUAUGUAUAUUUUUGACCCAGCAGAUUUUGUCAUCGUUCCAGAAGACCUAUAAUAUAUCUUUGAAUGAACCAAAAUGUAUGAUUGUUAUUUGUGACAAAGAUGCAUGUGUUUCAAGGUCUUUACAAGUGAAUGUAAACUUUUGUUCACGAUUAUUUAUGACAUUGCAGAUCAGGUUACAUUCAGCCAGAUAUUAUCAAGAUUAGACCUCUUCAUGUAGCUGACUCAGAUUUCCCAGUCAGCACAUGAAGGACAGAAGGACAGAGGGACAGAGGGACAGAAGGACAGAAGGACAGAGGGACAGAAGGACAGAAGGACAGAGGGACAGAGGGACAGAAGGACAGAGGGACAGAGGGACAGAGGGACAGAAGGACAGAGGGACAGAGGGACAGAAGGACAGAGGGA